AGGACAGAGGCGGCGGGCGCGGUCGGUGCUGCUGCUGCUCCUCCUCCGUCUCCCUCACGCGCGGCGGGGCUUCUCCGGCCCGUCUCCCCUGCCUUCGAGGCCAUGGCGGACGAGGAGCUGGAGGCGCUGCGCAAGCAGAGGCUGGCCGAGCUGCAGGCCAAGCACGGGGAUCCUUCCAGUGAAAUUGCACAACAAGAAUCUAAACAGAGGGAAGCUGAAAUGCGAAAUAAUAUUUUGGCUCAGGUUUUGGAUCAAGCAGCACGUGCCAGAUUAAGCAAUUUAGCACUUGUAAAGCCAGAAAAGGCAAAGGCGGUUGAAAAUUACCUUAUACAGAUGGCAAGAUUUGGACAGCUAGGUGGAAAACAAGAGCUCUGUGUACCAUACUACCAAGUACUACUACCAAGUCAAUAUUUUUUCUGUUCCUGUCCUGACUUCUUAGAUAUCAGAACAAGGGUUGAUAGAAAUACUUGAAAAAGUGAGUCAGCAAACGGACAAAAAAACAACAGUAACGUUCAAUAGAAGAAAAGUGUUGGAUUCUGAUGAGGAAGAUUAAUUAAUGAAAUAUGAAGAAAGUUGCCAACUGCUAAUCACCUGGAAUAUGUCAAGGAAAGUAUCUUCUGUCAUAGGCGAAAGUUUACAAAAUGUUCUGUACACAUUUUUAUAAAAAGUAAAACUGAUAAGCUUGCCUUCUGUACAAUUAAGUGAAAUUGGUUUCUUAGAUAAGUUUUGUAUAAUGAGCUUGAGAAAUAAGGAUUCAUUCUCUAAGGUUUUAGCUUUCCUUUGACACCAUGUAGUUAAAUUUACUGUGCAUCUGGCAGGUGUGAAAAUAUACUUGCCUCUCCUAUAGGUGCUUCAUGUCCCAUAGGAAACGAAAUUCUACCUUGCCGACAAACACCAAUUUAAGUCUGCAGGCUAAAUUACAUAUUGGAAAAAGAAUUUUGUUUUUAUAUUUAAAAGGGGGGGAGGGGCAUACAUUAGACCCACACAAUUUUCAUUUCUUAACCAUGAAUAAAAAGUUGAGCAGCCAUCAAGUUUAUUCUUUCCGCCAAGUAGAAAUUCUCACCUCAUUUUCAAUUAUCUUUAUUGUGACUAAUGCCAAACAGGAUUCCCUGAUAGCUAUGUUUUUGAAACUGGCUUUGAAGCCUGAUUAACAUUACCAUGGUUUCAAAGGAUCAGAAAUACCAUGUGUACAUUACAUAUCAGAACACUUCCUGAAGUUUUGCUAAACUUGGCUUGGAACCAAGCAAGACAGGGUUGUUCACAAAAAAAUACGGCUGCAUUAUGUAUUGUUGACUGAUUUGCUGUAUUGUAAAUUCAGGAUGUUUUGCUUAGAACAUCAUGAAAUUUAAUUAAAGUCCGGGAAAAGAAAACGUUCAGCACGUUGUUUUUAUACAGAAGUGGAUUAAUAAAUGCUUCAAUCUUUGAACAUAAUUUAGCCAAAGUUAAUUUUAAAAAGGAGAUUUUGCUGAAAUCAAUUAAAGGCUGGUUUCUGUAUUUUGUCUUGGUUUAAUCCACCACCAGAUAAACACAUUCACGUGCACUGAAAGUUCCCAUUUUCAGAGUUGUAAAGCUGCUCAAAGACUAUCUUUCAUGCAUGAUGCCACUGUAAACGAUGUUGUGCGUUUUUGUUACUGAGCAUAAGUGUUUGAUCCAUACAUACAAUCUACCCUGUGUAAGUCAGAGUGUUAAAAGGCACGUUUCUUUUUCUGGCUUGUAAGGGCUCUGAAAUGUAUUAAAACCUUUCCAUUGAGCAAAGUUAA